GCUUACCCAAAGCAACUACAGGUAAAAUUACUCAGUCUUUAAACACCGCUGCUACCAAACGCUGCAAUAUGGCAAUUUCUAAGCCGCUGUACUCGCUCUUCGGCAGCUAUUUGGAGCAGCUUUUCAAUCAUCCCGUGCGCACGAAAUCCUUAACAGCCUGCUUCUUGGCCACCUCGGCGAAUGUCACCUCCCAGCGGCUGGCGGGCGCCAAGAAAUUGAACCAGCACAGCGUCUUUGCGUAUGGUCUGUUUGGCCUCCUCUUUGGAGGCACUGUUCCGCAUUAUUUCUAUCAAACUGUGGAGCGAUUGUUCAGUCAUGAUUUACGCUUUAGGAAGUUCUUUCUGUUCCUGUCGGAGCGGUUAACGUUUGCUCCGUUUUAUCAGCUGCUUUCACUGUAUUUCCUUUCGAUAUUCGAGGGCAAAUCGCACAGCACCGCAGUUGAGAACCUGCAGAAGCUCUACUGGCCCGUGUUGCGCGCCAACUGGCAGUACCUGUCGCUACUUGUCUAUCUGAAUAUAGCCUAUGUGCCGCCCAUGUUCCGUACACUGACCACGGGCAUCAUUUCCUUCAUCUGGGUCGUCUAUAUGGCACAGAAGCGUCGCCGCUUCCAGGAAAAACAAGCAGCUGCCAGGUCCACAUAGACAUAGCAUUCCAUGGCACCCAUCUUUUGCUAUCUAUAACUAUGUAUAUGCAUAUAUAUUAACACGCUCAGUGCAGAUUACGCUGGACUCUUUUUUUAAACGCUUUAUCUGGCGUCUCAAAGGUUUCGAACCGGGAACAAUAAUUGCUUUAACUGUUUAAGUAAAUUGAAACUAUAUAUACAUGUGUACAGUACACUUAAGAUUAGAGAGAAAUAAGAACACCUUACGGCCUUGUAAAUUUGAAAUACCUUAAUUGUUUUUUAUCCUAUGUACAAUGAAAUUAAUGCAUUUGAAAUGGCAACAAAUAAUAUUUAUUUAAAAGCUAGCGAGUAAUCCAAUUAUAUUCGAGUAUUGUUGGCCUUAUAUCAUGGCCGUGUGUCUACAAUAUCAUUUAGCUAAUAAAUUCAAAGAAAUGGCCUAAA